UCAGCAGUAAGUCCUGAUGGUUCGCACAUUCUUAGCGGUUCUGGUGAUGGAAAUGCAUACAUCUGGAGGGUGGACAAGCCUGAAAGUGCUCCAGUCUCACUCACUGGUCAUGAAAAGGAAGUAACUGCAGUUGCUUGGUGCUCGACAGAGGUUGGGAAGCUAGCUACUUCUUCGGAUGAUUACAUGGUCCAUGUCUGGAACAUCAAGAAAGAAAGCUGUAUCAGUACAAGAUCCCCAUGUUCAUUGCGGAAGAGAGUUACUGCAACCCCAACCAAGAUAAUUAGGAAGCUAAACUUAGAAGAUUCGAAUGGCUUUGCAGAUGCCUCUUGUACUUCAAAGAAAACAAUGGUGAAUUCAUCCUCACCCUCAAGAUCUAAAUUUGAAGAGUGUAGCACACCCGAGUCUUUCAAGAAAAGAAAACUUGGCUUGUUCCCGGCUGAAGGAGUAGACAUGCAGAGGACCCCAGAUUCAGUGGCAGCAUUUGAUAGCCCUUCUUCAGUUCUAAAUCCUCCAUCUUCUUUGAAAAGGAGAACAAUUCGUGAUUACUUUUUGCGUUCUCAUGAAAGUAUCAAAAACCAUUUUUGUGACUAGAAGGAAGUUCUGUAAUCCGGUUAUUAUGAGGCUUUAAUUUCUUGGCAAAGUGGUUUCAGCGAACUGAAGAGUACUUGAUCUUCGUGAGGACUUAAGAUGUAAUAAUGUGCAAGUGAUUGAGGUCUUUGUUGGACUUUUGGGAAGGAAAUUAUGAUUAUCAUUUUGUAAGUAUUAUAGCAUGUCUCAAACAUGAAAAUAAGAAAUUAAAUUUUUCGAUAUGGUUCUUGUAGUCAAAUUAAUCAAAUAUACUUCUUAAAAAUUGAAGUUCAAAGAUGGGAGAAAUAAUUAUGUGUGGAGUUCGGGUGGGGAGAACCGUCCGGUUUUAUUGCGUAUUUGUAAUACUUAGUUGUGAGUAUUAUUGAGUAUUUUGUGAAUAUUUAUUGAGUAUUUAUUGAUUUACUGUAUAUUUAUUGAGUAUUUAUAAAUACUCAAUAAAUACUUAGCAAUGUGGAUGAUUUUUCCUGUCUCGAUUCCUCACAGAAUAAUUCCUCCAAAGGAUGAUUGUGCAAUACUUGCUUAUUCCAAUGUUGAAAUUGUUUGAAGUUUGAA